UUUUCGCAUUCUUAUUUGUCUCUGCUGUAAAUGUUCAAUCUUUUGUAAUUCCACGGAAAGAUCAUAUUUCUGAUGGAUGUGCAAGAAUUCAUAAUGAAUUUAUUACUAAACAAACAACAAAUUUUAGUUAUGCCGAUGUCAAAGACUGUUAUGAAAGCCAUCCAUUUGAUAAAGAUCUUGCUUCUAAAACAAUAGAUACUUUAACCGGUCUUAUCGGUGCAUUCUAUUCAUUUUUGCAUAAAGCAAAAGAACCUCCAAAACCUGGCUUUGACUUUAGAUCAAUGGAUAUAAUAGCCGAGUUAGAACAUUUUAGGAGCAAAUCUUAUAAAUCUCUAUAUGCUUUUACU